AUGCCAUCUGUAGCGGACAUCGAGUACGUGACCGCUGAGCAACUGUACGAGUGGCUGCAAUUGGGUCACACGGCGGGGGUCCCAGGGGUCCCGGGGGAGCCCUUCGCAGUGGUCGACGUGCGCGGGUCGGACUUCGUCGGCGGCCACAUCGCAGGGUGUAUCCACGCCCCCUCCGGGUCGUUGAAGCACGGUGCCGGGAUUGCGGAGCUGAUACACACGCUGGAACAAGUGCGGUCCCGCGGUGGGGGCAAGCGUGUCAACGUCGUGUUCCACUGCGCGCAGUCGCAGCAGCGCGGACCGACGUCCGCGCUGCGGUUCCUGCGGUCUCUUGCACCGGAACAAAGGACCCACUACCGCGUGUGGGUCCUGCAGGGCGGGUUCAACCGCUGGCAGGACGUCUACGGCGAGGACAGCACCGUCACGGAGGGCUACGAACCGUCGCUGUGGCAGUGGUGA